AUGAAGACACUUGUCACUCUAGCUUCCGCAUUCUUUGCGACACAGAGUUGCUAUGCUCAGCAAGAUGUCUCCUUUCUUGAUUCCUUGGGCUCAAGCUUUGGUAUAGCCGGUAACGCAGACUUUGACUAUGUCAUUGUGGGUGCUGGUACCUCGGGGUCCACCAUCGCUGCCCGCCUGGCCGAGGACCCGGACGUCACAGUUGCUGUGGUCGAGGCUGGUGGCUUCUAUCAAAUCGAAAACGGAAAUCGCAGUGUCGUUCCUGGAUACUCUGUCUUCAAUUUCGAAAUCUUCAGCGCUCCUGUUACUGACUGGGGAAUCCUGUCAACGCCUCAGGCACAACUGAACAACCGCCAGGUUCAAUACUCCAGAGGCCAGGCUCUUGGUGUGCUGGACCUAGAUCAAUUUGCUCGAGUCGCUGACAAACCAAUGUACGGGCCAACUCGUGGUUCAAUGGAUCUCUGGGCAGAGGUCGGCGAUGACACUUACAAAUGGGACAAUGUGUUGCCCUACUUCAAGAAAUCUGCUACGUUCACACCUCCGGAUCCUGCUACCUUUCCAGCCGGCGUCACACCGUCUUUCAACGAGUCAGCGUUCGAUAACUCCCUUGGUGGACCUCUUCAGAUCUCAUACGGAGGUUAUACUCCCGAAGCUCUCGUUCCAUUUCUGGAUGGUUUCAACGACAUCGGCAUCGGCCCAGCUGAGGACUUCAACUCGGGAGACUUGUUAGGUGCCAAUUGGGUCACAAACAACAUUAAUCCGGAAAAUAACCAUCGGUCUUCAUCCCAGACUGCGUUCAUCAACCCAUUUCUGUCGAAUACUUUGAUUACCAUAUAUCCAAACACUCUGGCUCGUCGCGUAGUGUUUGACGGCGUGACCGCGACAGGCGUGGAGGUUACCACCGGAAGAGCAACCUACACGCUUUCGGCACGGAAGAAGGUCAUAUUAUCUGCCGGCGCAUUCCAGUCUCCCCAACUUCUGAUGGUGUCAGGCUUUGGCCCAGAAGCCAGACUGACGGAGCUCAGUAUUCCUGUCGUUCAUGCGCUCGAGGGAGUGGGGGAAAACCUCCAGGACCAUCCAAUCUUCACUGCCUCGCAGGCUCUGAAUGUUCCUACCUCCUCUCAGUAUGACAGCUUCAGCAGCGUAGGCUACGCCGAGGCCGAAACACAGUAUCUUGCUAAUCGCACGGGACCUCUGUCGCAGAACAAGGCAGUAAUCGGCUGGGAGAAACUUCCCAACCGCGAGGGGCUCUCUGAUGCUACCAAGACCGCCUUGGAUGCGCUGCCGGACGACUGGCCUGAGCUCGAGAUGCGAGUUGCCCUUUACUACCUGGGUGUUACUAAGCCAGAUCCCAAUGCUCAGUUCACAACUGUGUUCGGCACCAUAAUCUCGCCUUUAUCGAAGGGCUCCAUUGACAUCGUGUCCAACUCGACAGAAGACCUCCCGCUUGUCGACCUCGCCUACUUCAGCGACCCAUGCGACAUGGAGCAAGCCGUCGCGGCCGUCAAGCGCAUUCGAGACCUCUGCGCUAGUCCGUCCCUGUCGUCCCUGCUGGAUGGACCGGAGUUCGUGCCAGGCCCAAAUGUCACCACUGACGCUGAUAUUGAAAACUACAUCCGAGAAAACACUGGCACGAUCUUCAAUGCGGCAGGCACUACUAAGAUGGGCAGGGCAGACGACCCCACGGCCGUGGUUGAUCCACAAUGCCGUGUGUACGGUAUUCAAGGGCUAAGAGUAGUUGACACGGCCAGUUUCCCGUUUGUGCCUCCUGGUCAUGCGCAGAGCACUGCGUACAUGCUGGCUGAGAAAAUCGCUGAUGGUAUCAAGAACGGCAAUUGA